AAAGGUGCUACACGGCAGUGUUUGAGCUAUUAAAGGCCGUACAUUUCCAGAAAACUAACGGUACCGUGAACCAAAUAAAGAAUCACCUCCAUUCAUAUCCACUCUCACCAUGUGCCAAGGACUGGACUCACUGCCGACCACAUGUUUGGAGAGGGCAAAGGAGCUCAAAGCUCUCUUUGGAAGAUUUCUGCAGAAGCCAGAUCUCAUCAGACACUCACUCAAGACUGAAAAACUAAGGUUAAAUAUAGAUGAACCGUUAAAAUGGAAGGAGUCGUUUGAGAACCUGUUGUCCAACCAAUAUGGUCUGUGCUUGUUCAGAGCAUUCUUGGUGUCAGAGUUUAGCGAGGAGAACAUAGCCUUUUACCUGGCCUGCGAAGAUUACAGGACAACCAAGACCUCCUCAAAGCUACCACCUAAAGCUAAGAAGAUCUAUGAGGAGUUCAUCUGCAGCGAUGCACCAAGAGAGGUCAAUCUUGACCAUGAGACCAAAGCCAUCACCAAGAAGAACAUGGAGCGCCCCAGCCACUGCUGUUUCAACCUGGCCCAAGAGAAGAUCUACGGCCUGAUGGAGAAAGACUGCUACCCUCGUUUCCUCAAAUCCCCCACCUACCUGGAGCUCAGUCGGCAGGUCAAAGCCGGUUAAAAGACCAGUCAAGCCUGCUAAACACCAUUAAGCCUGGUUAACACCAUUAAGCCUGGUUAAGAACACUUUAGCCAGCUUAAGACCUGUCACAAUUGUUAAAUACCCCACUGCAAUGGACAAAUGGAGUGGGACACCAAGAUAAACUCUGGAGAUGUCUGGAAACACCCUUUGGAAACCAGACCGUCUCACCAGGAUCCCCCUCAGUGGAGGGACGUUCCUGUGCUGCUGGGGCUGGAAGGACAAGGGAAGGUUCAAUUCGCUCACUGGAUUGAACUGGAAGUCGAAAGAUGAGACCGGAAUUUAUUGUUCUGAGGCAUGUGAAAGAGCCUUCUGUGAAAGAGCCUUCUGUGAAAGAGAGUUCUGUGAAAGAGCCUUCUGUGAAAGAGACUUCUGCUGUGAAGAUUCGUGUUUCUGAAAUCUGCAAGGGGUGAACCUGCGUGUCGUGAGUCCAGGCCAAGUGGUUUCUGCUGAUUGUAUUUUAGGAAAAAGAGGAAUUUGAUGGACUGCUUUGCACAACCUGAUGGGGAAAUUGUUACAUAUGGUGUGAUGGUGCCAAUGUCUAUUUAUUAAAGAUAUGUUUUUAUUUUUUAUUUUAUUAUUAUACCAAUGCUAUUGAAAUGUUUCUACUGUACAGUGCAACCAUUUGGCUAAGAUUAUAAUAUUUA